AUGGUUGACAAACCCAACCAUACUAGCAAUAAUAGUAGCAUGAAAGGUCAGUCAACCGAUCUGGAACGAACUGUUCCAUCUUUAUCAAAUGUUUUCCAAGAUGAAGAUACUGGGGCAUCUGAAACAAAACAAGCCGCUUCAAGUGUAGAAGUUAGUUCUCCGGUAAUUAAACAUAUUUUAGAUUCUAAUAAAAAUAUCGAUCUUUUUAACGCUCUUAAACAAGUUACCCAGGUGGUUUCUGUGUUAAAUACCAUAAGAGAAAACGUUGAUUUAAAAUUUAACGAUAUUUAUAAAGACGCCCAAGGUAUUGCUAUAAAGUUAAAUGUUGAACCAAAAAUACCUCGAACAUGCAGCAAUCAAAAAAAUAGAAGCAAUGUCCCGUUUAAUAAUAUUGAAGAUUUUUACAAAAAAACUAUUUUUAUACCGUAUUUGGACGAUUUAAUAAUGGCAUUAAAUGAAAGAUUUUUUCCUCAUAAUGAAACUAUAAUUUCAUUACAAUUUGUCUUACCUCGUAUCAUAGUUGAAAAACCAUUUUUUAAUUUAAAAAAAGCUGUCGAAUUUUAUAAAAGUGAUUUACCUGGGCUAAACGACAUUAUAGAAGCAGAGUAUGAAAUUUGGCAGGCUAAAUGGAAAAAUAUUGAAGAAAACUUAAGACCUGCAACUGCUAUAGAAGCUCUAAGAGCCUGUGAUCGUUUAAUGUACCCUAACAUAUUUGAAUUACUAAAAAUACUAGCUAUAAUUCCAGUAUCCACCGCUACGGCUGAACGCAGCUUUUCUACUCUUAGAAGACUUAAAACAUAUUUAAGAAAUACAACUUCUGAGUCCAGGCUAGUAGGACUAGCACUUUUAUCCAUUCACCGAGACAUUGAUGUAAAUGAUGAUAUGGUAUUAGACAAAUUUGCCAACAGUGGUAAAGAGAGAAAUUUGAAUUUAAUAUAA